GUAAUUUGCCACCUAACUUACUAUAACGACUCUUCUUAAUUUCCCGCAACCCUCAGAUUUCACAACACACUAGACAGACAGACAGAGAAUGUGCCAAAUCCCACUAAACUAACCCAAAGUUGCGCGAAACCCAUGACCCAUCCAAUCUAAUCUAAUUGACACACCUUUUCUUGUUACUUGUUGCUUGUUUCUUCUCCCUCGGAUGCUCUUUCUAAAUGCCAUUUCUUUUUCCCUCUUUGCAGACCUGAAGCUGUAUGUCCUUUUUUGUACAAGCACAAGAACCACUGGAUGGUGGCUUUAUCAAGAAUUUUCUUCCUUCACAUGCCUGAUUUUUAUCUUUCCUGCAGGUAUUUAAUCAAUUCUUGAUUUGGGUCUUCAUUUCAUUGUUUGAUGUUUCAGUUAAGGACGUUAUUUAUCUUUUCCUCCUUGUUUUGGGCCCUGUGAACCCUAUGUUGUGAUUUAAUGCUUGGUUUCUUUUGGUGUUUUCUUUAGGUGAAAUCUAGCCUAGAAAAGAGCUGUGUUUUACUGUCCUGAAAAAAGGAUAUCUUGGAAAUUAAGUGAGUAUAACUAGGACUAAACUGGAUGUCUGAUAAUUUGAUGGAUGAUAUGGUGAUGGAUCUGGAUUUGAACCAAGAGCCUUUGGACCCAUCUUCUGGUUCAACUUUAGGAUUAGGUUCUUUGCUGAGUGAUUUAGAAACUGCUCACAGUAGGAUAGAGGAGAGAAUUAGGCAGCUUGAAGCUGUCACUGCUAGAGCUUUGCAGCGCCAUAGGUGGCGUCAGGCUCGGACUACUUCUGAUAAUGGUAAUAUUUCGGUUGACGGGGCAGUCAAUGUGGAUAGUGAGAUGCAAGGUCAGAAUAGGGCAAGCAGUUUGAAUAAUGUGGAAAGGACUAUUGGAUGCAAAAGGGAUAGUUCCCAUUUGGUAGCAAAGGCAUUAGAGAUGGAUGUAGUGGUUAAUAAGGUAGAUGACGAUGGUGGGAGCUUUUUCGACUGUAAUAUAUGCUUGGAAAUGGCGAAAGAACCUGUCUUAACCUGUUGCGGCCACCUAUAUUGCUGGCCGUGCUUUUAUCAGUUACCUUAUGUUGAUUCAACUACAAAGGAAUGUCCUGCCUGCAAGGGAGAGGUUGCAGAUGCAAAUGUUACUCCCAUUUAUGGUAAUGGGGAUGGUGAAAGCAUAACAGAAUUGGAGUCUGGUCUGAAAAUACCACCACGGCCAAAGGCACGUCGAAUAGAGAGUGUUAGACAGCAGCGUGUAACUCAGGGUUUGUCUCACAUCCCGGUUGCGGAAGCACUAAGGAGAAUUAGGACUAGUAUUGGAUUGCAACAGGACAGUGGUGGAGUUAAUUUGAGUUUUGGGAGCAACUCUCAUGUGUUGCAAAAUGCUGAUACCUUAAGCAGUAGGAGACUACGUUCCCGUCUUUUUUCGAGGGUGUUGUCAGAAGGUGCUGCGUCUCUUUCAUCAGAGUUAGAUAAUGCACAACGGAUGUUUGAGGAUCUAGCAGCUUCACUCACUGAUCGGCUUCUCCAAAGAAGUACUAAUGCGGAUGUUCUACCAGCCCAUCAUGGAGCAACAGGCGACGGUGAUUCUUUCAGAAGAGAUGCUGCUCUCAUCCAGUCCAAUUUAGGGACGGGUUCCACUGCAUCUGUUUCGUCCUCUUCUCAAGCAAAUGAAGUUUCUGACACUGCUGGUCAGUUGGAAAACCUUACAACUGAUACUGGUAAUCUGCCUGCGAUUCGAUCUUCCUUGGCUUCCAGGAGAAGAAACAUUUUGUCAAGGCUUUCUGAUGUAGAUUUCCGUGAAUCUAGAAGGAGAAGAUUGAAUUGAUGGCCUUUGAAUGAACAGGGUAUAGUUUCCCAGUUCUUCUCUCUCCUCAAUUAUGUCACUUUCAUUGCAUUGUGUUAUCGCCAACUCUAAAGCGGCUUGGGUAGAAACAAUUCCCAAAUAUCAAACAAAGUAUCAGCAUUGCCCCUAACUCCUGUUGGAAGUUUAUAUCUACAUCAUAUUUAGCUUCUUCUAGUUUUGGAAUUCACUAGCGUGGUGAAAUUGCUUGGUAGGAGGCUUCCUCAACAAAUAAUCAACUCUCGCUGCAUGUAUUAGGUACUUUUGUCAAAAACCAGUAUGAAUUCUAUCUGCUUGUUCUCUACACAUUUGAUUAACGUUCAUGAUUGUACAAUGGAAACUCCCAUUUGUUAAAUGUUAUUUUGGUUUUCUACUU